GUCAUAUGUUCCGCCAAUUGUGUCAACGAGUCGUGUAGUCUCGUAACGAUAACAAGUUAUUGCACUUAGCUUCUUUAUUUUUCAUGUUUUUAUGAAUAAGCGUUGAAGAAAUUAUUUGUAUGGACAUUGUGUGGAUUGUAUUAUUACGAAGAACAUUGGAAUGUGACAGCAAUUAACCAAAGUACAGAGCACGUGUAGCUUUGUGUACAUGAGUGACGCUCAUUCAUAGAAUUCUUUUAUGAAUGACGCUUGUACAUUUCCGUGUUUUGAUGUAAAAUCACGCCUUUGGCAUUUUUCAUAUUACACGCAAACUGUAUUCCAUACAUUUGUGCAAUAUAAGCCUAUAUUGAGGAAUUACUUAAAAAAUUAUAAAUUGUGCAAAAAUGGAUUUUGAACCAUGUAAUGGAUUUUUUGAUUUGUGUAUAAAUGUAUCAAGCGAAAAUAUGAAUUGUCUAAACGAUAUAUUAUUAAGAUCAUAUCAAAUGGGUUACAGGACUGUGGCAUUAAAUCAAACUAUAGAUGAAAGUAUUUUUGAUAAUGAUAAAAAAAAGAAGAAAAAAGGUGAAGAGAGUAAAACAGUACCAAAUGUGAUACCAGAACCAAUUGAUGUAAGCAAAUUUAGUGAGAAAUUUGGAGGAAAACUAUGUAUACUUAACAGGCUAACAUUUAUUUGUUCAGACUCAACAAAAACACAUAUAUUGGGACAAUGUGCAACUAUGAAGAAAUAUAAUUUAUAUGCUAUUAUUCCAACUCGGCAAGAUAUGUUAGAGUUUGCUUGUUCCCAACUAAAUACAGAUCUUAUUACAAUAAAGCCACUGACUUCUGGUGUAAAAUUAAAUAGGAAGUUAUAUCGGCUGGCAGUAGGAAGAGGUUUAUGUUUCGAAGUACAGUACGCAAAUAUGCUUUUGAACCAAAAAACACGCAUAGCAACUAUUCAUUUAGCUCAUCAAUUUUAUAUGUAUCGCAAAAGCAUGAAUGUGAUCGUAUCCAGUGGUGCAAAUAAUAUCAAUUUAAUCAGAAAUCCUUAUGAUAUAAUAAAUCUUGGAUCUAUAUUAGGUUUGAGUGAAGAUAAAUCAAAAGCAGCUAUAUUAAACCAAUGUCAACUUCUUCUUUUAAAAGCAGAGAGACGAACAUACGGCAAAGCAGUAUUUACAGUGGAAUUUACGGAAGAACCAAUGGAAAAAGAUGAUUAAAAAUGUGUGGCAAAAAAAAUUAAUUUAUAAACUAAGAAACAAUUUAUCUCUGUAU